CAACCGCCCUGAUCCAAAAUGGCAGGAUACCGGAGCAAUAGUGUUUAGGUGUGAAGAUAGGGCCAUUGAAGAAGGGAGAACGAAAGCCUAAUUGUUUUGAUUCAACAUGGAAGCAGUGAUUAUAGGAGGGCGAAUAGCGAGGGACGACGCAACAUUCAGCUGGCAGAAGCAGCGGGCCUGGCGAGGGUGGCCACAUUGAACUAAUCCAAGAUGGCGCCGAGGUUGUAACCGGGAGCGCCCAAGAGGCGGGAAUUACCCUGAUCCAAGAUGGCAGUGGCAACUGAGGCAAGCCGAAAGACGGGAGCGCCAGGAGCGUCUUUGCCCUCAGCCAAGAUGGCGGCUGCCGUGGACCCUGUCCCGGCUCCGCCCCGCGGCCCUGGCCCCGCCUUCCCCUCGUCCCUCCCUCCGCACCCUCUCCUCGCGUAGUCCGGCCCGAGCCGCUCGCGCUAGGAGAGCGGGCUUCGGGCACUUGACAUGGCGGCAGCGGCGGCGACUGCAGCGGUGAAGGGGAAUGGGGGCGGCGGUGGCAGGGCCGGGGUCGGGGACGCCAGCGGCACGCGGAAGAAGAAGGGCCCGGGGCCCCUGGCCACGGCGUACCUGGUCAUCUACAAUGUGGUGAUGACAGCCGGGUGGCUGGUUAUAGCGGUUGGUCUGGUCCGAGCAUACCUGGCUAAGGGUAGCUACCAUAGCCUUUAUUAUUCAAUUGAAAAGCCUUUGAAAUUCUUUCAAACUGGAGCCUUAUUGGAGAUUUUACAUUGUGCUAUAGGAAUUGUUCCAUCUUCUGUUGUCCUGACUUCUUUCCAGGUGAUGUCAAGAGUUUUUCUAAUAUGGGCAGUAACACAUAGCGUCAAAGAGGUACAGAGUGAAGACAGUGUCCUCCUGUUUGUUAUUGCCUGGACGAUCACAGAAAUCAUCCGUUACUCAUUUUAUACAUUCAGUCUAUUAAACCAUCUGCCUUACCUCAUCAAAUGGGCCAGGUACACACUUUUCAUUGUGCUGUACCCAAUGGGAGUGUCAGGAGAACUGCUCACAAUAUAUGCAGCUCUGCCCUUUGUCAGACAAGCUGGCCUAUAUUCCAUCAGUUUACCCAACAAAUACAAUUUCUCUUUUGACUACUAUGCAUUCCUGAUUCUAAUAAUGAUCUCCUACAUUCCAAUUUUUCCCCAGUUAUACUUCCACAUGAUACACCAGAGAAGAAAGAUCCUUUCUCAUACUGAAGAACACAAGAAAUUUGAAUAGUUCCUGCUUUCUGCACCUCCCACCAAAACAAACUUUUCAAUGAUCAAAAAAUGCUGCAGAUUUUUUGAGUUCCCAAUACGUUUCAUAGAAAAUAAGUAAGAACUAUUUUUAAAAUAUUCAAACAAAACUAAAACAAAAAUCCAGUGUCACAUGGGCCUGAGAUUUUAUUUUAGAAAAAGGUUGUUACAUAAAACACCCUGGCCAGUUCAUUUCAGCAUGCUCUUUCAACCAGAAGUUCUUAAUAUUUAUGAUGGCACUAGAAAGGGAUUUGGCAUUUUAUGUCCUUCUGUGUCCUUCAUGUAUCUGAUCAAUGAAGACCUGUAACACUAAGUACUUGAGAGUUACAGUCUGAAUAAUGAAGUCGUACCAGCUGAAUAGCCCAGCUUGCAGUAUAGUUAUGUUUCAGUCUGCAGUGUGUUUAGCAUUCCCUUGUCAAAGUGCUUGACUGCAUGCUGGAAACUUUGUAUUUUUGAAGCGGCAAACUCUGUUCUCUGGAAUGCUCUGAAGUUAUGGCUGGGACCUAUCCCCUCAUAUCUAAUGAAUGAAUUAUAAAAUGUAUAUGUCUGUGAAGCUUCGGGGUAGUGCCCGUAAUCAGAAAACAACUUAGAACCCUUUUGUUUGUUUCCAAUUGAGUCAUUACUGCCUGCCACUAAGAAACGUGCUUGAAUCUAAUAAGUAUGUGUAUACCGUAAAGAAUAUAUCUUAUCUGGAGCUCAGCCUCAAUCAUGUCUUAACAAAAUGACAGGUCUCAGAAAGGGGGAGCUCAAUAGCUCAUAAGUGACAAGUCCUUUCCACAGCACCGUUCUCAGAACACCUCUGAGUAACGUGUUUGCCAGUAGCUCUUCUCACUGAUGCACUGAUGGCCCUGAAGAAGCGGAUCCAGUUACAUAGGAAAGGAGGCUGUGUUAGUGAAAGCACGUGGAAGGUGUUGCUUUAGAAAGGUAGUCAGGAAAAACAUUCAGGAAUAGAUUUAUACACCAUUAUUGUUUUAUUUUUUAAUUUUCAUUCACUCUUCUGUUUGGAUACUUUUGCUAAUUAACGUCCUAUGUUAAUUUCCACCAAGCUAUAAGUCCAUAGUCAGUAAAACAUUCCACUUGGGCUGUCAUGAGCUAAAAGCAGUAUCAUCUCCGCAUGCUGGAGCAGCCAAGAAAUAGUUUGGUACUACCGACAUUGUCUAAUCCAUGUCACAUCCUCAUACAAUUUAAUUGCUCAACCAUGCAUUUAAAACUCCUCAAGAAAGGAUUGGUACUGCAACUGUAGGUAAACUGAAAAAAAAUAAGAAAGAAAGAGUUGGAUGAAAAUGUGAAAGCCCAAGUUUAGAUGUGCAUUAAGUAUUAAAUAGCACAGUAUCUUCUUUAUGGAGCCUUUUUUCCUCCCCCAUCCCCUGCAGCUGCCUUUUUUUUUUUUUUGGCGGGGGGGUUGAUGUUGAACUUUAAUAGUUGAAAAGUUUAGCUUAUUGAGUAGUUGUCAUUUAAAAUAUAAUUGCGAAUAUCAGAAAACUCAUACUGGAAAACUAAAUUUUUUUUUUUCUCUUGAGACGGAGUCUCGCUCUGUCGCCCAGGCUGGAGUGCAGUGGCGCGAUCUCGGCUCACUGCAAGCUCCACCUCCCGGGUUCACGCCAUUCUCCUGCCUCAGCCUCCUGAGUAGCUGGGACUACAGGUGCCCACCACCACACCCAGCUAAUUUUUUUUGUAUUUUUAGUAGAGACGGGGUUUCACCGUGUUAGCCAGGAUGGUCUCGAUCUCCUGACCUCGUGAUCCACCCGCCUCGGCCUCCCAAAGUGCUGGGAUUGCAGACAUGAGCCACUGCACCCAACCCCUGGAAAAUUAAAUUUUUAAGUGCUUAUUUUUAUAGAAGUUUGAAAAUUUAAUGCAGGCAGGUGUGUAAUAAAUUAUUUUUGAAUUGAACAUUAAAAUUCUGCUUCUUAAAGUCAGCACUCAACUUGGACAUGUUGAAAUUAGAAUCUAUUCUUGUAUUUGAUAGACAAAAUAUGUGGGAAAGAUUUUUUUCAUGCCUUUUCUCUCGUUUUAUUCUUCCAUAAUGUAUUUCUACUAUAAAAUAGAAUCAGCUUGGGUUAUAUUUGUCAUUUACUUUAUUCUGUUAGAUUUUUUCAGUUGUUUUUGGAAAAAUUCUAGAAAUCAGGAUGAAAAUGCAGCUUUUCCAGGGUUGCUGGACUGGGGGUUUUAUUUGGGCCUCCUUAUUAUAAUUGGUCACUACUUAUAAAAAACAUUCUGUUGCAAACAGUGGUGUUGCAUUGAAUUGAACUUUGGCAAUGAGAACACAGCACACAGCUCCCUUUUCAAAAAGGGUCUCAACCCCAGUGUGUAUUUUUGUACAUCAACAUUUAGAAUACUUAUGGCAGAUAAGUAAGGCAUGUCACUGUGUCCUUCAAUAACCUCUCUCAGUAACUGGUUUCUUUAUCCCUAACAUGAAUUCAUUUCUCCUUUGAAGUCAUUUAUUAUUUUAUAAAUUGAGAACAACCACACCACCAAAUGUCACACCUUCUUAUAAAGUGUGAACAAGGAAUGUCCUGUUUUUGUGGGUAUUUUGUCAGACUUAGAGGUUUCAUUUCACGGCAUAGUCAAAGGCAUCAUCCUCCCAACUACCCACUUGAUUAUGUGUUUCAGAUCCCCCUGUGGGGGCCUUCUUCUGACAGAGAAUUCUUUGAGGUCUGCAGUAGUGCUUUUGUCAGCACAGACUGCUAAUCUACAUCUUGCUGCGUUCUGUUUGCUGAGGUUGGGCUCAUUCAUUUAACACGUACCAACCAUUAUCCAGAGGCACCAUGGAGAGUUAGUCAGGAAUAAAGCACUGUCCUUGCAGAUGAAAAAAGUCUCCAGAGCAGACUUCUGACAGGAAAGGUUUAGAUGCUGGAGAGUUGAAGAGUUGUAAGAAGAGAUCGUGCCCUCAUUUUUCACUUAUUUUUUUGGUUAUUCAUUUAUAAUAAAAGGUUGGCAUUGAUGUGGUACAACCUGCAAAUUACUUACAGUUCUGAGUUUCAGAUAAAACAUUAUAAAACAUUAAAUUCAAUCCAUACUGCUCCUUUGAAAUUUGGGUAAAAAAUUAUACAACCGUAUAUAUAGUCAUUUUUGUAUUUUUUCUAUGUUGUGAAAACCAAAAUUGUAAUUUUAUAAGUCUUUGAUUCACUAAAAUUAUAUAAUUUAAAUGUAUUUUUUGUAUAUUUAGAAAUAAGGAGUCCAGAGACUACGCUUAACUUUCUAUGCAUGCAUUUGAAAGCUGUUUUUACCUGAUAAUGUUAAUGUAGUAAUAAGUUGUAUUCAUAAAAUACUGAUCUGUGUUGCAUUUCAAAAUAAACUGGUGUGUGCUCUGCCUGGAUUUGAAAAACCUA